AUGGAGAAUGAUCAAGAUGUAAUUGAUGUAAUUAAUUCUCUGGAAUUUUGUGCGACUGACUAUAAUGCUGUUGAAAGAUCAUCCUGGCGAUCUUGUGAAUUUGAUUGUGGACUACGUCUAUGUCGGUUUAAAAUGCAGGAACAUAAAAAUAUUUGUCCAGCUCGACCAUUUGAUUACCUUUGCAAAAUAUGCGAUGAAAAGUUUCUAGGAUCCUACAAUUUCAUCAAUGUUGGUUUUAAAACACAUAUUCUUCAAGCACAUUUAAACGACAUUGUUUUCCUUCCGGAUACUGAUGAUUGGUCCUUCCCAAUGAGCUAUGCUGAUGAAACAAAAAUAGUUAUAAGAAAUGAUAUCGAUUAUUACAAAAAUGAAUACUUUUGGGUUACACAAAAAAUUGAAGAUGGACGUCGCAAAAUUCUUAUACAACAGUUUUUUGCAACUGAUGAAUUUUGCAGUUUAAGUGUAUUUGAAAUCAAAAGUCAUGAGUCGAAACUUGUUUUCCAAGCCGAAGUAAUUCCUAGAAAUACUCAUCCUGUAGACUUCUCAUCAGAUUCCAUUGAUGUGACAAAAAUAUCAGCAUGUGGAUCAUUGACAAUCAAAUUUGUAGGUUUAGUGACAAUUCCAGAAGAAAUUUUAUUACUUCUAGAAUGCUUGAUUUGUAACUGUUUGAUGACCGGUAAAAUAGUCCUCUGUACCACAGGGCACAGUGUAUGCCAUAACUGUUUGAGCCAAAUAACUGCAUGUCCUUUAUGCCAACAAUCAUUUUUGACUGACCAAAGAAAUUAUUUGGCUGAAUCUAUAAUUGAAUCCUCAAAUAAAAUAUGUGAAAACCGUCGCAAUGGUUGUCAGGAACAAUUUUCGGCUCAGGAUCGGAAUCUGCAUUUGAAAAUUUGCAUGUUUGCGUCUCUUAGCUGUCCUAAAUGCAAUAAUGAAAUGAAUUACUAUCAAUUAUUUAACCAUAUGUUAAACGAGUGUGGAAAUUCAAUGAGUAGAAUCACAUAUGAAAUGAAUAAUUUGAUAUCAUUAGCUUCAAAACCAGAAAUCGCAUUUUUCUCAAAAUAUGGAAAAGAUUUCAUUCUGGAUUUUUCGUACUAUGAAGAUCAAAUGUUCUUGGCUGUGAGACAAAUAACUCGAAACGACUCAGAUUUAUUUUAUUAUGAAGUAAAAUUGUUUAACGCUGCAAAAAAUAAUCACAGACAGGCUGAACUUAUUGGAAAAUGUCAUCAAUUAAAUGAUGAAUAUCCAUUGAAUAUAACUAGUUAUACAUAUUGUAAAGUUAGGGUUUUUAAACUACCUCAAAUGGAAAGUUAGUAAAAUGAAAUUUAUGAAAUUUAAUUUGAACCUCUUGCCAAUGCAUUAUUUGAUAAACUAUAAUAGUUAUAUUUUCUUCACUA